AUGAGAAUAUUGUCUAUGGAAGAUUUUUUAGCAAAUACCUUUUACCAAUUUUUGGGCAUUCCUUUCGCUGAACCUCCAUUGAAUGAAUUACGUUUUCAAAAACCAGUGCCAAAGAAACCAUGGAAUGGAGUGUUGAGUAUGAACAAAUGGGGUUCUGCUUGUAUGCAGCCAAUCUUCCCUGGUUUCAACACGGAACUUCCCAUCAGCGAGGAUUGCUUGAUUCUGAAUGUUUUCACAACAGAAGCUGCUUUCCAAGACAGAAAAAAUGGAAAGAAAAAUAAGUUACGUCCAGUCAUGGUUUGAAUCCAUUGUGGUAGUUUCAAUUUUGGUUCAGAAUACUCCAAAUCAAUCUCCACACCAAUAACCGGAUUUAAAGAUGUUAUAAUUGUGUCUUUGAAUUAUCGUUUGGGUUCUUUACGCUUCCUUCAAUUACCCGAAGCUGGUGUUCCUGGUAACAUGGAUCUUUGGGAUCAGCAGUUGACUUUGCAAUUAGGUAAAUAUCAUAUUAUACAUUUUGGUGGAGAUCCUGAUGAAUUAACGAUUUUUGGUGAACCUGCAGGCUCAAUGUCAGUUUCAGCUAACCUUGUUAGUUCAAAAUCGAAAGGACUGUUCAAAAAUAUAUUCCAUUAUGCCCGAUGAUUCUAUCAAUGCUAUAAACCGAUGCACCAAACCAGCGUUAGCCAAAAAGCUUUUCAAGCAAAAUUGGUUGUACAUCUAAUGACUAUAAAUCUUGUUUAUCAAAUUGUCAAUUCAAUCAAUUCCCUGCAGCUGAUGAGUUAAAAUUCUGGCCAACAGUUGACAGCGAAUUCUUUCCAAAUCAUCCAGAAGAACUUGUGUCAAAUCAUGGCUUGGAUCAGCGCAUCAAUGUUUUAUUAGGUAUUGUUGGUAAUGAAGGUACAAUGUUAUGGUAAUGUAAUGGUAAUGUUGUUGAUGAAAGACAUGGUUACUUUUCAUCCAUUGAAUCCAGUUAACUUGACUAUUCCUCACGCUAAGUACAUUCUUGGCAAAAUCACAUUUUUCACAUUUUUUCGGUAAAAAUCGAUCGAUUUCUAUUGAGAACGGUUCUAAGCGUCAUUGUCAGCUGAUGACUCUGAUGCCAUUCGGUUAGCUGUUGCUCAAGUACUUGAUGACUAAAUUCUUACUUGUCCGACUUAUGCAUUUGGUUGAGACUCGAUCGCUAGUGUUGUUUCAAAUGUUUAUGGUCAUGUUCAAACGCAGAGGUCAUCUCACGCUGUUUUACCGGUCUCUAAUCAAGCUAAAUGGAUGUCUAAUGUUGCUUCUCACGCUGACACUUUUCGCAUGGUUUUUGGUCACCCAUUUACCAAACAUGAUAAAUUAAAAAAUGAAGACGUUGUUUGUCAUUUCUCAUGAUUGACAUUCAGACGCAAUUUGCCAAAGAUGGGUUAGUGAAUUCAUUUUUAUCAUUUUUGUUUUUCUUCAUUCGAUGCAAUAAUUGAUCUUCUCUGAAACAGUAAACCACAAUAAAUCUCUUCCCGAGAAUGGUUGCCCUGGAACGCAAGUGAUUCUAUUUCUUACCAUACUUUGGUCUAAACUCUGAAUAAAAUAGGUUUGAUUGAAACCAAAUCGGUUGAAUUUUUUAUUAAAAAUUGACCUUCCCACUCGAAAAAAAGCCCAAUAUUGAUUCUGAAACAGGUAUUAAAUUUUAUUCUAAAGCAUAACUUGGGUGUGGUGCUACACA